AGCUGGUUGUUUUUGAGUUGGCCGCCAUGGAGGAGUUGAGUCCUUUGCUGCUUUGCGGAGGCAUUCAGCAGCUCUUCUGUGACGACUUUAAGCUUCAUGUCACCGAAAUGGAAGAAAAGGCCUCGAUGCGGUGUCACUGUUCGAGACGAAAGUAAAGGACGCCACAAUGGGAGAGCGAGCUGUCACCCGCCCAGUUGCUGCCAUCUCUCCAGUGCAACAGAUGCUGGCCUCUGGCUCUGGAGCGCUCAUCACAUCUGGCUUUGUCACACCACUGGAUGUUGUGAAGAUCAGGCUGCAGGCUCAGCAGACGUCUUUGUGCCAAGCUCUAUCCUGUGAUUCAGCAACCUGGGGCAGUGUCAUCCGCCCUUCAAAGUGGAAGUCCUUCCUGUUUUGUAAGAGAGAGGUGGAUAAUUUCUUUGCUUGCUGCAAUAGAACAAAGUGUAACAAAUGGCACAGAACACCGACGUACUACAGCGGGACUGUUGAUGCUUUUGUGAAAAUAGCUCGCCAUGAAGGGCUCAAAUCUUUGUGGAGUGGACUUGAACCAACACUGGUUAUGGCAGUACCCGCCACAAUCAUCUACUUUACCUGCUACGACCAGCUGCGAGACUUCAUGAGAUACAGUUUGGGUUUUCAGGGCAGCCACAUCCCCCUUGUUGCUGGCGCUCUCGCCAGAUUGGGAGCUGUGACGGUGAUCAGCCCUUUGGAGCUGGUCAGGACAAAGAUGCAGUCACGUCGCCUCUCCUACCGUGAGCUGCAGAUGUGUGUCCGCUCGGCUGUGGCUCAGAACGGCCUGCUGUCACUGUGGAGGGGCUGGGGGCCCACUGUUCUCAGAGACGUGCCUUUCUCCGCCCUGUACUGGUUUAACUAUGAGCUGAUCAAGGCCCAGCUGUGUGAACAGUCCCGAACGUCUCAGGCCAACUUCCCCAUCAGCUUCACAGCAGGAGCCCUCUCAGGAGCUGUUGCUGCGACAGUCACGCUGCCGUUUGACGUGGUGAAAACACAGAGACAGAUCCAGCUGGGAGAGACUGAUCCUCUUCAAGUUCCCGUAAAGAAAACCACUUCUACCUGGAACAUCAUGAAGCAGAUCUGUGCUGAUUGUGGCUACAGGGGUCUCUUUGCAGGUUUCUUGCCCAGGCUGAUCAAAGUGGCCCCAGCCUGUGCUGUGAUGAUCAGCACCUAUGAGCUUGGAAAGAACUUCUUCCAGGAGCUGAACCUUCAUCGGAACAAAGAAGACUGCAUGCUGUGAUGAGCACGUCAGAGUUCACGUGGUCUCCUCACUCAGAAACAUGACAAAAAAAAAAGUUAGGCAUUUGAUUUUCUGUGAAAAUAAAACACGAGUCGCUGCUCACAUUUUAAUGAAUGUCACACACUGAGGAAAACUUGAAAAACUACUGAAUCUUUGAACUGAAUUUAACUCGAUAAUAAGAUCAAAACAGACCACUUAUUUUGGGCCCUAUCUUGCAGAUUUAUGGCACAUACUCUAAGCUGUGUAUCUGAAGUGAAUUUGGGUCUUGACCUGGUCUGUUUUGCUAUUUACACAGCAUAUAAUCUGAGCAGAAGGUGGGGCACUGGUGCAGAGUUAUUGUAUUUCAUUAUGUAACUGCUCAUGCGUGGGGCCAUCUGUCAAUUCCUUUA